AUGCUAGAAUCUGGGCCGGAGUGUCGGGGGGAUGCUGACGUGGCGUUGAGACAAGCGAGGGAUCCUGAUGUGCUGGCAGAUGGGGGGACAGAAGCUGACGUGGUGGUUGACGCAGUGGAGUAUGACUAUAUCGAGGAUGAAAGGCGCGAGCAGGACGUGUACGAUAGUGAGCUUAUAGCGGAUCACGUGUCUAAGCUUGUAGCGGAGCAAGCACUAGUUGAGCAGGGGGGGGAAGAGGGGCAGGGGCGGAAUGAGCAGACGGCUGGGCAAGGAAAGGAGGUCGAGCUUAGACAGGUCGAAGGGGAGGGGCAGGGGGAGGGGAGGAGUGAGGAAGAAGAGGCGGCGGACAGGGGAAAGAGAAUGGAUGGACAAGAGGGAAAGGAAGGAGGAGAGGAAAUGGGGGCGGGAGGGGCAAUGGAGAGGGGAGGGGAAAUGGAGAGGGGAGGGGAAAUGGAGAGCGGAGGGGGAAUAGAGGGGGAAGAGGGGCCGGAUAUCGAAUUGGAGCUAGUGAUGGGGGACGCUGAGCUGGACGAUGAGGAGAUAUUUGUCGGACAGCUGGCUGCUGACGUGGCGGAUGUCCGUGCACCAGAUGGCCACGUGGCACGAGCCCACUGGCAAGCCCUGCGUGAGGAUCUAUCCGCGCCACAGUAUGGUGCAGAGUUAUGUGUGCCAGUAACAGGCGGGGUUCUAGAGGAGGUGCAAGCAGCUACUGAUAGAGCCCUGUGCUCGCCCUCCCGUCCACCACGCCCAACCUUCGUCUCCGCCCCUCUCUGCCCCUCUCGACCCCUCCUCUCCACCACUCUCCACCCCUUCCCACCCCCGUUCCACCGCUCUGCACUCCUUUCACCAGCAUCUGCAGCCCCGUCAGCCCUUGUCAGCCCCGUCAGCCCCGUGUCCUCUCCCUCCCCUCCAUACCUCGCUCACCCUUGUUCUCGGCCCAUCUCCGCCCCUCUGCACCCCUUUCCACCGCUCUCCACCACUCUCACGGCAACUACAGGACAUGUUUCUUGCUCAUGGACUAACUCUCGAGGACAUAAAGCUCGAGGUGCUCUCAGUGGUACACCUAUUCGCCACCCUAGUCAGCCCCUGCACGCUCUCCCUUCCAUCCGCGCUCACCCUUGUUCAUCACCCCUCCCCACCCCUUUCCACCCCCCUUUCUGCCCUCCACCCUUCCCCACCCCAUUUCGCCGCUCUGCACCACACUCACAGCAUCUGCAGGACAUGUUUCUCUCACACGGGCUCACCCUGGAAGACAUCAAGCUCGAGAUGCUCUCAGUUGUACAGCUCUUCGCCAACCUCGUCAGCCUCUCCCUUCCAUCCACGCUCACCCUUGUUCUCCGCCCCUCUCCACCCCUCUCCACCCCUUUCCACUUCUCUCCGCGCCUCGUUGCCGCGGCUGUCACCGGGCCUGUCCCGGGCCUGCCACCGGAGCUGGCCGCCGCGGCUGCGGCGCAGGUUCGGGUGGGGGAGGAGGAGGUUCGGCGGUACGGCGGGAUGCUGGAGCGGUUUUUGGAGAGCCCGAGGGAGUGGAAUCUGGUGGAUCAUCGGGGGGAGUUUCAGUUCAAUGCUAUCUUUGCAUUUCUGCGCAAGGCGCAUGUGUGCGAGCCGCUGCUGCUUCAGAAGUGGGUGCUCAUGCUGCUCGCGCUGCUGCUGGGCUUCUCUGGCCGCCUGGACGAGCUAAACGAGAAAGACCUCCCUGCAAGCUAUAGCCUCUCUGCUCAUGCCGCUGCUCGCGCUCCCUUUCCCCCCUUUUAUCGCCCCUUUCCGCCCCUCCUACUUCCCUCACUCCACCCCUUCAUUCCCCAUUCCCCACAGCACUAUCAGAGCCUCUUCUUUGCCCAUCGCCCCACCCUGCACGACCUGCGAGCGUGCAAGAAGUGGCAUUAUCAGGCUCUCUUCUUUGCUCAUUCGCUUACCCUACACGACCUGCGAGCGUGCAAGAAGUGGGUGCUGAUGCUGCUCGCACUGCUGCUGGGCUUCUCUGGUCGCCUGGACGAGCUCAACAAGAAAGACCUCGUGCAGGCUAUAGCAUCCACAGAUGCGUGGAAGGAGUAUGAGAAAGGGGGGACUGGGAAUGCAACCAAUAGCUCAGGGCUCAGGAGGGCAAUGUUGCCUCAAGUCUUGAAGAAGAACGGGGAGGUCGUGCAGGCAAUGGCAUUGACGGACACUUGGGGUGGAAGCGGAGAACGAGGGAGUGCAGGGGAGGGAGGAGCGGUUGAGAUGGGUUCAGAGGCAGGGGCAGGAGCAGGAGCAGUAGCAGGGGCAGGAAGGAUACGGCCAAUCAAAUGCGCUCGUCUGCUGCCGACCUCCCGCCAGGACCGGUCGGCGUUCCUCGUCCGCGUCCGGCAGGCGGGGGACGACGAGCUGGGCGGCGUGCUUCGGCAGUUUCUGGAGGAUCCGAAGCACUGGGCGUGCGCGCUGAAAGGGGGCGUGGUUGUAACAAGACUGGGGAAGUUUAUAAGGGAGAUGGCGGAAAACAAUCCAACAAUGCUGGAGGUGAGUAUGUGUGCGUUUGGCUUUCUGUGCUCCCUUCUCAUACUCUCCCUUCUCAUACUCUCUCUUCUCAUACUCUCCCUUCUCAUACUCUCCCUUCUCAUACUCUCCCUUCUCAUACUCUCCCUUCUCAUACUCUCCCUUCUCAUACUCUCCCUUCUCAUACUCUCCCUUCUCAUACUCUCCCUUCUCAUACUCUCCCUUCUCAUACUCCACUCACCCUUCUUAAACGAUUCUCCGCUCCCAUUCCCGUACCAGCAGGCGUUCUUUGCUCACAGCAUCGGCAUGAACGAGCUGCGGCGGGAAAAGCGGACAGCAUUGGAGCUGUUUGCAUACCUCAUGGGAGUCACAGGCAACAUGCGGGCAUGGAAGAAACACCGGCUUUUAAAGAUCAUAUCCGAUAUGCCAGCCUGGCAGAUUCAUGCAACGCGAUUGGACGAGAUGGGCUUGGGGGGAGGUGAUGGGUUGAGCUGUUCUCGUUGCCUGCCGAUUGCUGGUCUGGUGCACUGGCAGAGGGGGGAGGAGCAGAGGAGGAAUGGUGAUGGGGAUGGGCAGAUGGGGGAGGAGAAGUGGCGGGGAAUGGGGUGGAAUGGGGAGGCGGAGGGGGGUGAACAGGUGGAGGAACGGGAGAAAGGGGACAAGAACGGGGAGGGGGGGGGGAAGGGGGAGAAUGGGGAGAAGGGGAAUGAAAAAGGGGAGGAAGAAGGGAAGGAGAAGGGGAAGAAAGGGAAAGGGAAUGAGGAGGCCACCCGGACGGCCUGGGGCUCACACGCAAGUGGUCUGACUGGUGUGGUUAGGAGAGCACCAAUGGUUGGCGAGAGUGGGGAGGGAGGGGAGGUGGGGAAAGGUGGGGAAGGAAGGGGGGAAGGGGAAGGAGGGGACGGACGGGAGGGAGGGGACGGAGGGGACGGACGGGAGGGAGGGGACGGAGGGGACGGAGGGGAAGGAGGGGAGGGAGGGGGAGCGGGAGAAGGGGGGGGAGGAGGGCCAGAUGAAUCACAGAGGAAGUUAGAUCCAAGGGUCACUCAUGCAACAGAGGGUAGAUGCAGAGCAGGUGUGACGGUGGCGGGUGUGACUGGGGCAGGUGUGACAGUGGCGGGUGUGACUGGGGCAGGUGUGACAGUGGCGGGUGUGACUGGGGCAGGCCUAUCGGGAGAUCUUCCUGUCGCACGGCUGCUCCUCCUCGCAGCUCCUAGCAAUCAAGAAGCAAGCGCUGAUGCUCCUUGCUGCCCUCUUUGCGAUUACAACCAUCCAAACUCCUCGUUCUCCCUCUCCCUCUCCCCUCCCGUCCUCCUGCAGGCCUAUCGUGAAAUCUUCCUGUCGCACGGCCUCUCCUCCUCGCAGCUCCUAGCAAUCAAGAAGCAAUCGCUGAUGCUCCUUGCUGCCCUCUUUGGGUAUCGAAGGCAGCUGGACGGGAAGAACAAGGGGCAGUACGCUGCUGGAGGAGAGAAGAGCACUCCCCACAAUUCGCUCUCCUCCCCCUCCUGCCCCGCCUAUAGGGAGAUCUUCCUGUCGCACGGCCUCUCCUCCUCUCAGCUGCUCACCAUCAAGAAGCAGGCGCUCAUGCUCCUUGCCGCCCUCUUUGGGUACCGUAGGCAGCUAGAUGGGAAGAACAAGGGGCAGUAUGCUGCUAUCGUUACCCACUCUGCCUUCUGGAGAGAGCCGCGGCAAGGGCAGGGGCAAGGGCAGGGGCAGGGGCAGGAGCUGGGGCAGUGGGGAAGAGCAGGGGAGGGAAGGAAUGCUAAGGUUAUUCCAGCAACCGUUUGUCUGAGAGAGGAACGAGUAGAGCCAGUGCAGCAUGGUUCAGAGCCGGGAGACGAGCGUCGGCAGCAUUGUAUAGAUCUGCAGGGGAGGAUGGAGGCUGGAGGGGAGCAGCAGUUGUGGAGGCACCAGCAGGGGAAGCUGGGGGGGAAGGCUGCGGCACGAGUGGAUGGGUCGGCCAUUCCGCGAGUUGUGAUUGAGGAGGGAGAGUCAGCUGCCUCUCUCCCCGGUCGAAAACGGUCCCUCUCACAACUGCUCUUCCUGCAAACCAGUGGUGCUGGUUCGGGUCACCAGGCUCGGCCCGAGCCUGAGCUGGAGCCUGAGCCGCAACCCGAGCCUGUGUCUGGUGCUGCUGCUGCUAGGUUGAGGGAGCAGGAGAGAGCGGGAUGUGGGUUGAAGGAAACGAAUGGAGGGGAGAGGAAGAGGAGGAAGUGGGAUGGGGAGAAAAGUGGUCCGGACAAAGGUUCGCAUGAUCCGGAGGGUACAGAGUGGUGGAGAGGAGUCAGGGAAGUUAAGAGGAGGUCGGAGUGUUCAGCUGAUGGUGGUGAUGAUGAGAGCAGCAAGGAGGACUUCAGUUCUGAUGGUGCUCUGUUGCAGCUGAGGAAAUUGCAUCAGGAGUUUUGCCAGCUUGUGGGUGGUUGUGGUGAUGGUGGUGGGGGGAUUAAAGCCAAGGCACCUGAUCCCAGGGGAGAGGUUGUGGAGGAUGAAGAAGCUUUGAGACACAGUGUGGGCGCAAGGGGAGAGGCUGAGGGUGGUGGAGAAAUGGAUGGAAUGGAAGGAGGGGUGGGAGCAGGGGAGGUUGUGGAUGGGCAGGGUGGACUGGUGGGAGAGUUGGAGAAUGCGAAGGAGGGUGUGAGAGGAGACGAGAAUGUGGGACGAGAGAGAGUGGAAGGGAAGGAGGUCCCGAUGAGAGGUAGAUGGCAACGGGCACUGCAGCUGAGCUUGCUCACAGCAAUUGUUGCUGAGUGCGAGUCUCUGAAUAAAUAA